CUGUGUAGAACUCCCUACCAGUAGUAUAGCAUGGCUUGUGAUGACUAUUUGUACACGUUUAAAGCAGAGCUUAGUUGCCCUGUCUGUCUAGAAUAUUUCAAAAAUGCAGUGACCCUCUCCUGCGGACACACCUUCUGCAAGAAUUGUGUACAGCUGUCCUGGGAUAGUAGGAGUGAUUUGGCAUGUCCUGCAUGUAGAUCCAUCUCCCCCAGUGAUUCCCUUACUAAGAACCACACCAUCAAUAAGAUGGUAGCCCUAGUCUUAAAGGAUCAGGACAAGACUCUGCCUGACGUAUGCAAACUACAUGGAGAGAGGCUACAGUACUUCUGUAUGACUGACAAAGAGAGCAUCUGCUCUGUGUGCAACAGUAUUAGCCAUCAGGAUCACGAUGUUUACCCAGCCGAGGAGAUUGCACAGGAAAAACGGUUAAAAUGGAUGAACAUGAAGCAAGCGUUGGAGCGGAGAAAGGAACAAUAUGCUUCACAAAGACAGCGCUAUGACGAUAUCAUGUGUCAAAACCAGAAACAAUUCCUCAUGAUUGCAACAUUCAUAAAGAAUGACUUCCAAAAGCUGCACAGCCUUCUACAUGAGCAGGAGAAGAACAAUCUCUCUGACCUUAAGGUAGAGCUGGAACAGAAGACUAACCUGAUAGACGGUGAAGUUAAACACCUCAUCGAUGCCGUUGCCAAUUUAAAUGAGCAAUUAAAAGAACUUGACAAAGAGUUAAAUGCUGAUGACCAUGUCAUCCUAAAGAAAUCAUGCAGUCAAAAAAGAAGGAUUGCAUGUAUUGCAGGGAAGUUGAAACCUAUUGCUAAAGAUACCUUGAUUGACAUAUCCCACCACCGCGGCUACGUACAAUAUCGCGCCUGUCGAGAGAUGCUGAGCAAUAUUGAAGUCGUUCCUUUCACUUUUGAUAUAAAUACAGCUUCGCCCUGGCUUGGUGUCUCAGAAGAUCUGACCAAGGUGUCAAAAACUGGAGGCUCUAUUCCAUUUGAAACCCCGGGUAGAUUAGAAUCCGUCCCUGGUAUUCUUGGGUCAAGAGGCUUUUGCUGUGGGUCACAUACCUGGAAAGUGUCCAUUGACAAUGUACAAAGCUGGCGUGUCGGUGUGGUUUCAAGUACUGAUGGUCACCUUCAACUCUUUAAACAAGAGUCAGAGAACAAAUACUUUUUUAUCUAUAAAGAGGAAGGUUGUGAUGGUGUGUGUCGUGUAUCUGAUGCUAGUAAGAUUGAACUUCAGCUAAUUACCCCAUUGGAAAUUGUCAGAGUUGAACUUGACUGUGAUGAAGGAGAGUUGUCUUUCUAUGAUGCAGAAAAUGAAAUUCAUCUAUACACAUUUUAUGACUACUUCUCAUCGAAGGUCUUUCCUUACUUCAACAUUGGCACACUGGAGAGUCACAAUCCUGCUGGAUUUUUGGAGAUUUGUUCCAUGGAUCUAUGCUUGCAAAUUCUUCCAAAAUUGUGAACAAAAUAUGUUUUAUCCUGGAAUUACACACCAGGAUUCCAAUCAAGUUUCCUCGUCCAAAA